AUGUCACUUUAUACUGGGAUGAUGUUACUUGAGGAGAUGGCCUGUGUGAAAAUUGGGCUUCGAGUUCUUACCCGUCCUUUGCCAAACCAGUUACCUACAGUUUAUCGAACCCUUGGCGAGAAUUAUAAUGAAAGGGUUUUACCUUCAAUCAUACAUGAAAGUUUGAAAGCUGUGGUUGCCCAAUACAAUGCCAGCCAGCUUAUUACCCAACGAGAGGCUGUUAGUCGUGAAAUCCGAAAGAUCCUGACUGACAGGGCAGCCAACUUUAAUAUUGCUCUUGAUGAUGUGUCAAUUACCAGUCUGACCUUUGGCAAGGAGUUUACUGCUGCAAUUGAAGCCAAGCAGGUGGCUGCACAAGAAGCUGAGAGGGCCAAAUUUGUUGUGGAAAAAGCUGAGCAAGACAAGAGAAGUGCUAUCAUCAGAGCACAGGGUGAGGCUAAAAGUGCCGAACUGAUCGGACAAGCCAUUGCCAACAAUCCAGCUUUCAUCGCACUGAGGAAGAUUGAAGCUGCAAGAGAGAUUGGACACAUCAUAGCAAAUGCAGCAAACAAGGUUUACCUGAAUUCAGAUGAUCUUUUGCUGAAUCUUCAGGAGAUGAAUUUGGAGCCUGGCACAAACUGAGCUGGUUAAUUGGCAUUCUGAUUUAAUAUUGCUUCGUGAAAUAAUCUAGAUUGUUGAAUUUUAUAUUUUGCAAAGUUAAUUCAACUACCAAGAGUGUGUAGCUUAUCUGUAUCAUCGUUACAUCUUUCAUUAGGACAUGUAUAGUCUGCAUUAUGUGGCCUAUUCUUGGUUGGGCUCUUACCCUAUGAGUUUGAAAUAGCAUGAUUAUAAUGUGCAAGCAAACUGCAAAGGCGUGUUGAUGAUAUCUUGCAGUUCAUUGCAGAUUUUACCGUACAUGUUGAAGGUGUUGGCCAUGUAUGCAGGAUUCUAGAUAACCUUCCUCUGGUUGUUCCCAUAAAACGUGUGGAUCAGGACUCUACUGUUUAUCAGCUUGGUUUCCAUGUUGGACUCAAAGGGCAAUAUAGUGGGGUAUGCUUCAUCCUCACAUCAAUCUGGUUGAAUCAGUUUUACUAUAUCUUCGGCUUCCUCUUUUUGGUCUUCGUCAUCCUUGUUAUCACUUGCGCUGAAAUAACAGUUGUGCUUUGCUACUUCCAGUUGUGCAGUGAGGAUUACUUGUGGUGGUUACUUAUUAAAAGUCUUUCAAGAUUAAAGAUUUACUUUCUAUGUUUUAUGGUGUAAACUUUUCUUAUAAAAAAAAUUGGGCGUAUACUUUCCUUAUAUUUACAA